AUGCUUUCGACAAAGUUCCACGAUCGGGCCAUCGGACGCAAGAAGAAAUUCGAAGAAAAGCAGCCUCUAGACCCGAUAGCGGACUUCUUUUCGGAGCUUCCAUAUCGCUGCAGUGAAGAACUUGAGUCUAGUGGUAAACGGGAACUGACGGAGGAGUUUAUCGAAGCGGGUCAGAAAUUCGAGGCCGUCAAAAAAGCGCACCAAGCUGGAAAGGAGUUUGAACCGCCGCAGGGAACUCGUAUCUGGUCGGAUCUUCGACUGCAAGAUCGUGAUAAAAUGGAGAUAGCCAAACUGCCCGAACAGCAAAUGGUCGAGAGGAAGCAACUACGUUAUGUGCAAAAAUGUCCACCGGCGGCUUUCUUGAAAAGACGGCAAAAAGCUGGACUUGAUCCGCCUUCCAAAGCUACCACCAGCGUCGUCAAAACGGAAGAGUCCAAAAUGAAAGAGAAGAGAAAGGAGGAUCCAAAGGCAGAAGAAAGGAAGAAGGAAGGCCCAAAAGCAGAAGAGAAGAAAAAGGAGGAUACAAAGGCAGAAGCGCCGAAAAAGGACGAACAAAAGGCAGAAGAGAGGAAAAAGAAGGAAAAAAAGACAGAAGGGCCGAAAAAGGACGACGCAAAGAAAGAAGAAGCAGCCAAACAAGGAGAUGCGCCUAUUAAGUGCGUGAAACCUGAAGAUAUUGUGAAGAGGGUUCUGAAAGAAGAUCAGCCCAAAAUGGUGUUCAUUAUGCCGCACGAGAACAUCCAGCUCGAGAACUGUCAUCCGCUGUCUCUUUCGAGCCCAGUUCAAGCGAAGUACGACACGUUCAAGACCAAAUCGAAAGUUUUGAGUAGGUUUUUCCUUUCUUCGACAGUAGUAAUUCACUCACAGUUCAGGAAUUUUUAUAAGAUACGUAUUAAGUAAGGAAGCGCUUUGGAAGGAUAAUGUAUGAAAUUUUUGCCUUCAAUUGGAAGUGAGGGCAGAUUAUUCAAAAAUUGAGAGAUCAAGAGGGCGAUGGACGGAAAAAAAUAUUUUUUUCGCAUUCCGUGUUUUUUUCGAUGUGGCUUUUAAAAAAAACAUACUUUGGUUCAAUUUUUUUCACUGUCUUAUCAUUGAAGACGACAAAAUUUUUUGCUUAUAGUCUGUGUACCAGAAUUUCACCAAACGACAUUCCGCUAUGCCGCUGCGCGCCUUUGCGAACCUUGGUCGCGCUUUUAAUUUUUUUUUUUUUCUUUUUUUGAGGUACUCUACUUUCAUGUGCUCCCAUAGCAACAACAAUAAAUUGAAAGUGUGACCUAGUUUCGAAAGACGCUUCGCGAAAGCACGCAGCGGAACUGCGGAAUGUCGUUCGGUGAAAUUUCAAGUCGUGGUACACAGGCUAUACGUGUUCUGAAAAUAUGGUCGAUGCUUUUUGCGUUUUUUUGCUCGUUGAAGGGGAGAAAAGUUUUUUUCGAAGAAAUCCGAAUAAGUGUCAAAAGAUAGAUUCAACCUGAUGAGCAUCUUACGCGAUGUUCCAUGACUGAAAAACUUUGAACGAAAAAGAAGGCGAUUUGGCACGAAAACAGUUGAUAAUCUUUUGUUGAAGCCAAAUGUUCGCUUUUUUUAAGCAGGUUAUCAGGCGCUCACCUCAGCUCAAACUACUAUAAUAAAUAUUUGAUAAAAAUUCAUGGGACUCCAUUGGAAUGAUCUUUUUUUCUGAAAAACUAUCUUACGCUGUAUCGAAAUUUGCGCCUGUGAGAAAGAAACCCUGUGAUACCUCAAAUGUGAAGAAGAAAUUUUUUUCAGAAGAUACGUUCGCAGUUUUUUUCGUUGGUACUGCAAGAGCUGCAGAAAUACUAUCAUGGACACGCAAAAGGUAUAAAGAUGCUGUGAGAGAGAGAAAACGUUAUUUUUUUGUUUUGAUUUCAGCUUGGGAGCUUAUUAACGCAAACGCCAACCAAGUAGAGAUCCAAAUGGUAGAAAGAGUGAGAAACUUCGCUUAUUUUUGAUAUAAUGAAUCCAACUUGGCCCGGUACUUGUGCUGUUGUAAAUCGAAAGGAUAAAAAAAUACCGCAAAGCAAACGUCCCCUCUACGAAACUCCAUGUGAGUUUUUUUACGAAGAAGUUUCAAAGUCAACUUUCUACCCGCUUGAAAUGUUGUGGAAAAAGUUUGAAGAACAGUUUUGGUUUCUUGAUGCUAAUACCUGAAACAGACACAUACUGUUUCUUCGUUUCCCGCAGCUAGAUAACGACAAAAUAGUGUGUGUGAAAGAAAGAGUUGUAAUGACCUUUAUGCGUCCCAUGUCAGAGAGAAUGUCAUUCUUCUGACCGUUCGUUCAACCGACUAGUUUCUGAAAUUUUCAAAAAUGACCGACCAUUUUUGAAAUGACAUUCCGAACAUGCAAAAAACAACAUGUCAUUCAGAAGUGACAUGUAGAAAUGUUGGAACUUCAACCGUUCGACCAAUGACCAUUUAUUAUGACAUGUUGAAAAAAUAUUGAUCGAACGGUCAAUUUUCUAAACUAUAAUCCACCUUAAUGAAACCUUUGCAGUCAAAAAUCUGACUCUUUCAAUUAAAAUACCAAACUCUGAGUUAAAACUUCAAAUCAAAAUUUAUUGAAUUGGGGAUUAAAAUCGGGAAAAGUAUUUCGGAUCACAGUGGACGGAGGGGAAUGUUGGAAAACAGCUCUCUGUUGCUGAACAAGUCGAGAAACUCUUUGAAAGAGGUGGUAAACGUGUUGGGUUGAAUCUCGGCAUUGAAGGUCAGACAAGUCGUUUUCAGUAGCCUACGACCAUCUCAAAAGGUUGCGCGUUGCCGCCAACCCAAACGAGAAGCGGCUUCUGGAGCUGUUGGAGGCCGGACACGCAGAGAUGGCGAACCAAAUGCACGCUGAAGGUCUCAACUACUACUACUGGCACAAAAGUUCGUCUUCCCUCUUUCUUCGCAGCUUUCGACACUUGAAAAAAUAAAAAAUAAAAUUCGUAUUCAAAGACUUGAAUAAAGAGCAGCAACAAACUUCAUAAUUUUUCAGAAUUCAUAAAUGUUCCACCCACGGUUCUGCCAGGAGAGUCCCUCGGCGACGCUGCUAGGAGAAUUUAUAGUAAGUUUAUUCAUUUCGGUUUGUGAUUCUUGUCUCUGUCAUUUUAGUGCGCAAACUAAAGGAGUUUCAAGUUUGAUCGAAUAAGAUAUUUUUUUCAGGGUUUGAAGAUCGUUACAAGGAAAUCGAAGAUCAACUGGCCUACGUUCGUAACUUGGCACAUCCAAAUGAAAAAGCCCCGGAAACUGAUGAAAGAACUUGCCCCGACCACUGCGAAAAACGUCAGAAAAAGAAGAACACGAAGGACAAGAAGUCGGAGGAAAAAGAAUUCGAAAGAGAACAAAACCGAAGAAGGCCUGAAAGAUGGCAAAAAUUUCGUUUCAAUGUUUAUUCAACCAUUUUUUUCAAAUAAAUAUAUUUGUUACACCCUUCCAAACUUUGAAUUUUUUUGUUUGUGAGCAUAUAUAGAAUUGCUUGAAAAUUCGUCAAAAGGAAUUAUUUUUGAAAAAUGAAGAAAUCUCAAUAUUCCAUCAAGGGGCCCCGUUGGAUCUUUUUUUAGUUGUUAAAAUAUCUAACCUUCGAGUCAAACAUGUGGAACUCCUUAAAAAAAUCGCUAUGAUUAAAAAAAGUAAAGCUUCGUAUCGAUUUGCGCGGCACUAUUUGUAUUGUUUCAAUCUCGAAAUUUCUCAAAAAUCUCGAAAAUUCGAGUCUCGUGCAUCCGGAUUCAGUACUUGUGCGGUGA